AUGCCCACCCCCGAAUACUAUGACGUCUUCCUCGCGCGAUACACCCUCGCAAUCCAAGACCCCGACACCCCCGGCACCCGUUACCACACGGGCAUCUUCGUCGUAACCUCCACCCACGGAAGCGGAGUCCUACACCAAGUCACCGGGGACGUCACAUCCCCAGGCGGGAUGGUCUACACCCCGACUCUCGAGCCCGCACCCCAGGAAUCCGAAUGUUUUCACUCUGUCGAGAAACUGGGCGUUACCCCGGCUACAAGAUACCCUAGUGACUGGGAGGAGGUGCUCAGGGGAAUCCCGCCACCGCCGCAGCAGAAAGCGUUUAAUGUGCGGACGAUGAGGACGGAGCCGUUUAAGACCAGGGAACCCUUGGUUUUCUAUGAGCCAGGUGAGGGGAGGAGGGCGUUGGUCAAGUGCACGGAGUGGACGCUGGAGAGGGCGCUUCCAGCUUUGAGGGCAAAGGGACUUAUUGUGGAUGCCGAGUAG